AUGACAUGGUCACCUGAUGGUGCGAUACUCGCUGUGGCGAUGAGUGAUGGUCAUUUACAUCUGAUUGAAGCGGAACAGGGCGUAGUCAGAUGGUCGAGAAAGCUUGGACGGAGCACUUGUGCUCAACAAAUGCGAUGGUUUUGGAGUGGUGAUCCCCCAGAUCCGAAAUCACGUCUGAAAUGGGACUGGUCAUACGAGGAUGAGACCAAGGCAGCGGCGAGCAUCUUUGGCAACGGUGAUGUCGUCGAUGAACGCCUUGGAAAGAGCUUAUUGUACGAGAUUCUAUACCUAAAGUCGCUGCGACAAACUGUUCUGUUUAUGAUACGUGAUGAUUUCGUAGUGUUGGUAUUAGCUGGUGGAAUUCUACCUCUUUGCGAAAUACGACUGAUGGAGAAACUUGCACAUCUGAAGCUCGACGUCAUCAACAUAUACGACGUGAUGUAUACUCAUCGAGAUGGGUUGACCUUGGCUGUGACAGAUUAUGGACCACGUCCCAAAUUGGAUGAAGUUGACCGUGACAAAUUUGGCUCACCUUCAUUCAUGGCUGACGCUAUAAAUUGCCCUCAUACCCACCUCAUCAAUAUCGAUUUCAAAAUAGAAAACGAAGAUAUUCUGUGGGAACUUCUAUUGAGGUACCUUAAAGUGUACCAUUGCCUAGUCCAUUUGACGUAUUCAAUGGAACUUGCGAAAAGGGACUGGGAAUCGGAAAGCAAGGCAAGUGUUUUGAUUUUUGCUAACCGUUUGAAUAGCACACCGAAUGACCUGCGACUUGGUGAUGCACUGCUGAACAGCCUGUUAGGUGGAGCCCCAGGUCCGCUAGCAGAAAGGUGGCUUGAAAGAACACUCGGAGCCGCGGGGAUUCAAUCGAUGCGCGAAUUUGUUGAGAAACGGUUCAGCGGAUUGGUGGCCGUGUUACGUGGCCAGCUGUCAGCAGCAGCCCGAUCACUUGCCUUCCAAAUGGACCAGUAUCGUGACUUGAUCAAAGAGUUGCAGGACGCCAAUACAAAUUAUGAAAAUGUGACUCUACCUUCGUGGAAUGUCACGAGUCGACCGAGCGAGUUCCCAUCAGCAUCGAGCUCUGCUAAAAUCCCGGAUGUGACUGCGGAUCAUGUAUUCGAUGCACCGGAUCCCACCACUUCACGUCUUAUCCUUGAUCGACUGCAUUCAGGAGGGGUCAGAAUACAAGCGAAAUGUGAAGAGAUGUCUCAGGCUGCUACCAGUAACUUGUGA